GUCGAGAAGUGAGUUGCAGCCUGGAAGAGGAGAAGAGGAGGGAGGCGCUUUCUUUGUCAUCGGGAGGAAGAGGCAGGAGCUGUGAUGGUAGUAGGGACCAUUGCCCCCUCGAGAUCCGGAUUCGCGCCUAGAGCCCAUAAUGCCGUCGUUGUCAGGAGAACGAACUGGCGGAGAGGGAGGGGAGGGGAGGAGAGGCGGAAAUGGGCGGGGUCUUUUCAGCACGAGGAGUGCGGCGAGGGGGAAGGAGGAGGGGUAGUCACUGGCCCUGUUUGUAAGAAAGGUGUGGUGGAGUCGGGAGUCUCCGCGAAGAGAGGCGAGAGUGAUGCUCCUCCUCGUUCCUCUCCUCCUUCCCUGAUUACAGAGAAGAUUGAAUUCCACAAGAAUGGCCAACACGUGUCGCUUUGGCGGGUGAUUCUGACAAGUCUGACGUGGACCGCUUUGUGGUCGGCUUGCGUGCUUUCCCUCCUCUGCGGCGUCGUUCUAAGGGGAGGAGGAGGGGAGGAGGAGGAGGAGGAGGGGAGGAGGAGGAGGCGUUAUCCCAUGGCAGCAGCAGCAGCAGCAGCAGGAGGAGGAGGAGGAGGAGGAAUGAUGGAGGCGUUAUCCCAUGGCAGCAGCAGCAGCAGUAGGAGGAGGAGGAGGAGGAGGAGGAAUGAUGGAGGCCCGCGUGACGACGACGAAAAUGACGGGGAGGAGGAGGUGGAGGAGAGGAGUAGGAGAAAAAGAAGAUGGCGGGGAGGAAGAAAAGAAGAUGGGGAGGAGGAAAACUGGAAGAAAAAGAAGAAGAAGACGAAAGGAGGAGGAGGAGAGGGCGAGGAGGAGGACAAGGCGGAUAAAAAUAAGAAGUCGAAAAACAUGACGAAAGGAGGAGUAGGAGUAGGAGGAGGAGGAGGAGAAGAAGAAGAGCAAGGUGAUGAAGAAGGAGGAGGAGAAGAUGGCGACGAGGAGGAGAUCAAGAAGAUGACGAAGAGGAGAACAAGAAGUGAAGGAGGAGAAAAAGAAAUCGAGAGGUACUGGAAUGUGCACAAUCAUUUGGAGUCAUCCUUUACCCCAUCCUCCGUAUCGCAAUCUGAAGAAUGGAGAACAUUCGUGUCGAGGGGAAGGACUGGAAGCGACCUUGUGGCCAGGGUCACUAUCGACAGACCAGAUCGCAGCUAUUUUCAGUUAGCUUGGCAAGGGUACCCCGGCGAUGACGAGCCUGACAUGAAGGUUGGCAAGCCGAAGCUGCGCAAUCUUUCUCCCCCACGUAAACUCCGCCCCGACAAGGACUUGAUGGCGCUGCUGGUGGGCGAGUCUACGAAGAGGGCGGCGCCUCAGCAUCCUCCGUGGCGGCCAGCGUCCGCGGCGUCGACGCCACGUGACCGAGAAAUGCGCUUGAAGAUGUCGUCCUCCGCGCGAUCAGUCAACGGGGCGCAAGAUGUCCAGUCCACGGGCUGGCGCCCAAGUGACCAAGAUAUCAUCAAGCGAGGUGGCCCACCCGCUGCCACGCGUCAAGCAGGAAGCCGGCCGGGGUCCGCGAACGCGAAGCGGGGCGGCGCCAGACGGGCUCUCUACAGGGAACACGUGUGCAGCAGAGGCGCAAGAUGUGCCGCAGGAGGAAACUUCACUCCUCGUUCACAGAACAAUCUCCCGUUCUCCGGCCGGGGAUCGCGGAACGGGAGCAAUCUGACGUCGUCGGCCUCAUUCGGCAAUCAGCCCUUGUCCGCUCAGACAACGGCCGGGGCAGCACGACGACGUACCAUCGAGACAUCGAGUCCGGGUCCCGUCAUCAUGGAUCACGACAGAACGAGAAGGAAACUGGAAGAAGACGCUCAGCCCGCGCUGCAAGAGCACCCACAGAUGGGGAAUACUACUAAUUCAGGAACCACCACGGCUUCUCUCGCUGCUGCUGCUGCUGCUACGACUAUCGCUGGGAGAACGACUACAAGUACUAUUAAUAGCACUAAUGCUGCUACUGGUGGCAUUGCUGCUGCUGGUGGUGCUGCUAGUGCUAAUGGGCACGAUUGCUUCGCAAGAGGGAUAGACAUGUCCGUAGGUGGACAUAAAGACCCUGAGGAUAAAGAUAAGUAUAAGGUUGGCCAGGGUUGUGAGGGCACUGGUAUCCAGGUGUCAAGCGACAGAAAUCAAGGUUGGACACGAUCUGCUGCAGCGUCACGAAAGUUGAUGAAGGGGGGGAGUGUGGGGGUCGAGAGGGGAGGGGGGGGUCAGAUAGAAGGGAGGGGGGGUAUCAGCAGGGAGACAGCAGAGAAUAACCUGAGAAUGGAGAGGAGUGGAGGCGUCACAGUGUGCUGCCAUCAUGCCGGUGACGUGAAGAGACGAUGUGAACCGCGACCGUCGCCACCAUGUCAAUUCAGAGACGACGGAAUGGAUAUGAGAGCAACAAACCGAGCUCCCGUGUUAUGGCACGAGACAUCUAUGCCCUGUACACCAACUGACCCUUGCACGUUGGGUACUCAUUAUAAGAACUACAACCUACUCCACUCUCGUCUUCGUAGUAGCCACGAUUGCCGAGCAUCUCGAGCAAGUUCUCGCCCUCCAUUCUUGGGAAACGUCCACAAUGCCUGGUACUGAUCCUCAAAACAAUUCUCACCGUCCCUCUCUGUCUCUCUCUCUCUCUCUCUCUCUCUCUCUCUCUCUCUCUCUCUCUCUCUCUCUCUCUCUCNCUCUCUCUCUCUCUCUCUCUCUCUCUCUCUCUCUCUCUCUCUCUCUCUCUCUCUCUCUCUCUCUCUCGUUCUCUCUCUCUCUCUCUCGCUCUCUCUUCUGGACAAUAUCCGGCCGGCCGCGUGUGUUCGUCCAACGGUCCAAGCAAAAAACGCAUGUGUGCCAGUGUGUUGUCAUGUUCGCUCUGCGUGUGUGUGGUGUGUGUGCCACUGUGUGGUGUGGAGGACGGUGGAGCAGAGCUACCUGGUAGUGGCGUGAAUGCUUAGCAGGUUAUAUUUAGUAUAGGGUGGAAGUGGGACCUGGCGAUCACUGAGCAGUGAGACCGUCGAGACGAGAGAAACGAGGAAGAAAUUAUGGGGCUGGAAACCGUCGACCUCGAUUGGCCAUGUGGACGGCACGGGUGACUCGCUCAAUGUAUAAUAGGAUAGGAUAAGAUUAAUUU